GUACACGUACUUCACAUUUUUUUACCGUCGAUGAAUAACAAGAAAAGGCUUCUAUCACAAUGCAGCAGUCGUGCCGGAUUGGUUGCGAGCUUUUCGAUUUUGAACCCAAAACUAUCAGAACUACGGGAACAAUCUCUCUGGAGUAACCAGUUGAUGUGAACGAGGAUUGCAUCUUUGCUUAUGCUGUUAGAUAAAGGGACUCAGCUGUUUGGCAUUGACGUGCAAGGAUUAGUAUGGUACGUACUCCGGCUGAAGUUACGGGCUGAUGAUAGCGCCGAAUUAGUACUCUCCCUUGCAUUCAAAUUCAAGAAUACAUUAGGUGGUUGGUUUUUAUGACUCUCUCACGGCAGCAACCAACAAUUCAUGCCAUUUUAAUUUACGAAACAUGUCUUUCCCAGCCUCCAAAGAAAAAGCGAAAACGGACUCGGUCUUCGUCGCCGAACAGAGUUGUCCUACCGCCUGAGGACUUGAUCGACGAAUCUAGGCGCAAGGAAAUUCUACUCUGUUUCAAAACAGCAUUGGAAUCGUACAAUAACGAGAAUGAUGAAACAAGUAACGAGUUUUUGCCGAAUUCCUUUUUGAAAAAGCCCUUGAAGAAACUGAAAUUGUCAGGAUUAAAGUUAGACGGAAUCAAAUCAUAUUUUGACGACGAGAACUUGGAAGCACUCGAUGCGGACAUGUUUUUAAGAUUCGCAGCGGAUAAGUCAAUUCAAAUGGAGAAAUCUAACAGAGCGUUCCAGUUGAUAGACAACGCUGGCAAGGGAGUAGUCGUUUUGGAAGAUUUGCAGCGAGCAUGCUCAGUACUUGGAGAAGAUAUGACCGAGAAUGAAUUGAUAGAAAUGAUCGAUUUUGCGGAUUCAUCGGGUGAGGGAUUGUUGUAUCCGAAACAUAUGUUCAGAAUAGCUAACAAAGUUAAUUUAUAACAUUGAAUUUUUACUUCGCCCGAUGGGGACUACAAUACGAAAGCUUACCAAAAGAUGAGGAACACAAUGAGGUCUCAUAAAAAAUAUCAUCGAUGAUCUCCAUCCGAGCGACUCCACAGUGACCCAAUAGAAGACUUCCUGUACCAAUUUCUUUCACUCUGACGAGGUUGAAGAACAUGCUUGUGAAGAGUUUAAGUUCACCUCUGUUGUUUCUAACUGAACUAUCUUGCAGGCCACACCAUCAUCAUUGUAUCCAUGCCCAUACCUCAAGCUGCCAACCAAUAUGUGCCCUGACAAAAGUGAUUGCAUGAAGUGCAACAUAGUUUAAAUCAAGUGAUAUCUCAAAGGAACAUAUUCACACUGACAGCAUUUGGCACUCUCAAUACUGAUCUAUAUCAGUCCUGCCUUUGCUUGUAACUGGAGUAAAGAAAAAGGUGCAAACCCUGAAUGAUUCAGAACAAAAAAGAAUUCCUCAAGGAUUGUUAAUGUAACCUUCGAUACUAGCUAAGGUUGACACAGUAGGGUAUUGAAGACUGUGAUCUUCAAUGUUGGGGGUAGUUUAAAGGUAGAUA